AUGAAUCAAGUGAUAUACAUCAGUUUUCCGACCGUGGACCCAAAACAACUUCUAAAAGUUCUGAAACCCCCAAGUGGUAUGGAUUCCCUGUUAAAUUCCCUUCAGAUUUUGUCUCCCCGUUCUUUUAUCCAUGCUUUUUUCACCCCGUUGUCAAUUCUGUCCAAGAUUUCGUGCUACAUAUUCUUGGUUCUCGCACCUACGACUACUAAGCCUAUGAGGGGUUACCUUUUUAACAAGCAAAACGAAGGUGCUAACCUCAAGCUGACCGUCGAAUACGACGACCACCACCGCCACCAAUGUCACAUCGUAAAGAGGAUGGGAAAUGUACUUGGACUCGGUGACUGGCCCGGUCAGCGUGUACACACCAGCGUGGCCAUUCAACGCGGAUCGAAAAAGGAGGAUAAGCAGGCGGCUUCACCCCUAACUCGUGGUCUGCCGAAAAUUCAGGCUGAUGCCGCAGUUCAGUGUGCUGAACAGUCCUGGAACGCGGAAACGAAAAAAUACGAGCCUGCUCGAGCCUCGAGUCCUCCCCCGGGUAGAAUUCCAUGUCUGAUUAAUCAGGUCGUUCGUCAGCACAUGUCAUACGACCGCAGUUUGGCUGGAAAUAACAUCUCCAAUGCGGUCAAUGCCAACAGUCUAAAAAGAAAUCCUUGCUAUCGUCCAGCAGCUACCUCCAGUCAUGCUGAUGACACUUCAACUUGGCCGACUCCCAUCUCCUCGCCAGUGUCCUCCAUCACACCCCUCAAAAGCUCUUGCGACAGUGGACGUUCGCUCGAUUUCAAUAACGCGGCUGCCAGGAAAGGUAUGCUACUCCUUACAUCAUCCUCGGAAGAGGAUGCUACCUCUCCCUAUUUCUGUAUCACUCAUGCAAUAUGGAGACUGAUAGCAAGCCCACAUUUUUUGUAA